UCUUGCUGUAUAAGUAUCACACUUCUCUGCUAAUCAGCUAGUCCCUCUCUUCUCGCUCUCUCUCUCAAAUCUCAAACAGAAGCACAUACUCAUAGUGAUUGACAGUGUUUCCUUUUUUGGGUCUUCAGGCUUCUUUGUGUAAUUUUCCAAUUCUAUAAAUCUCCCUCUUUUUUUUAUCUUUUUUUUUUUUUAAUCUUCCAUCCCAUUAAACAAUGAAAAUGGCAUAUUACCAUUCAUCCUUUCCCCUCUGUAGGAAACACCCAUCAUUGCUCCCAACAAUCGUUUUCAACCUUAGAAACCUGAGCUUCUAAGAUAUUCCCUCCUUCCCAUUCUUCCAUUCCUUCCAUUCUUUCUUUCUUUCUUCUUCUUCCUUCUCCUCUCUCAAGUCUCACCAUUUAAAUAUCACCCUCUUCUUCCUUUUUUAUCCCACUCUCACUUUCUCCCCCACCCACCAAAAACACCAUCGCAACAAAAAAAAUGGAUCCUUCUUCCACCAACUCUGUCAAUGGCUUCUAUUCCUUUCUGACUCGCGGGAUCGACGAUCUCGAAAGGGUCUAUCUCUCCAACAACUUCAUGUCAAUCCAAUUCCUCCAAAGGGCUCUCUCGCUUCUUCGAUCCUUCCACUCCCAGCUGACUCUGCUUGUCCAAAAGCUUCAUUUACCUGUCGGGGACAAGUGGCUUGAUGAGUACAUGGACGAAAGCUCCAAGCUUUGGGAAGCCUCUCAUGUCCUCAAGUCCGCAAUCUCUUCCAUGGAGAACUACUACACCUCCGGUUGCAACAUCACCUCCACGCUCGACUCUCACCGCAAUCUAACCCCGCAGCUCUCCCGCCAGGUUGUGCGCGCCAUCUCGGGCUGUCGGCGCGAGGCUUUCGGAUUGGAAGAAGAAAACAGAGCGAUGAUGGAGACCCGAAUCGAGCCUCUGUCGCUCCGUUUCGACGAGAGAGUCUCCAUCGAAUCGAAGCUCAACGGGUUCAAUGGUUUCCGGGGAGUGCUGUACGCAAUGAGAAACGUGAGCACUCUGCUGCUGAUGAUCUUGCUGUACGGACUGGUGUUCUGCUGGCCGGAAUCGAGCUUCUGCAGAGGAGGGUACGAGGGGUGUUUGAUCUUCGGAUCACCGUUCAUGAUAUCGACGGCGAGAUUGCAGCAGAGGGUGGCGGCGGAGAUCGGGCAGAACAGCGAGAGGCCGGGGAUACUGAUGGACGAGUUCCGGCGGUCGAAGAUGGCGAUGGAGGAGCUGAGAGGGGAGAUGGAGAGGAAGGGGACGGCGGCGAUGAUCAUGGAUUGGGAGAGUGAAAGUGGGAUUAGGGAGAGAGUGGACAAGUUGAGAGGGUGUUUUGGGGUGCUGAGAUCUGGUGCCGAGAAUAUCAGUAGCCAACUUGAUGAUUUCUUGGAUGAAAUUGUGGAAGGGAGGAAGAAGCUUUUGGACUUUUGCAGUCAUAGGUAGAAGUGAAGUGAAGUGAAGUGAAGUGAGAGGUUAGAAACUUUGUCAAGAAAUGAAGAAGAAAAAAAUUACAGGGUAGAGUGAGAGAGGUAAUUUAGUAGUUGGGUUUUGUUGUACCUUUUUAACCCUUUUUACCUUCUGUUUGUAUUGAAAUGUUCUUUCUCUAUUUUUUUUU